AUGGCUUCAACGGACGAGGCCAGGGUCAAGGUGCUCGGCAAUGGCAUUCAGCUGCACCAGCUUAACAGCGACUACAGUUGUUUCCGCACGGCUGUGCAGCCAACGUGGUAUCCACCUCGGCUUACGAUGCGCGAAGUGGCGAUGCUCAGAAUCAUGGACGCGCUUACCGACAAGCCGGACUGGCAUCGCAAGGUCAACGAUGCGCACAUUGUAGCCAAAUGGCGAAACGAAGCGCUCGAGCAGACACCCGUCAUGUCCUCUCAGGCUUUCGAUUGGUGCAUAUUCGAGCUGCGUGAUAAGGCCAAAGCGUUUGAGCGCACCGGGCUCAUCCGCACAUUCGACUCUCACAGUGCUUGCGUGAAAUCCGACCUUGUCUUGACAAGCGACCUGCUGACCAACUUGAAGGACGCCGUCAAGCCGCUCUUGGAACGCGAGCCAAAAGACUGGCAUCCACGCUCCAACGACCAAGUGCUCAACCUCGUCCACCCGUCUCUCUACCCUCUUGUCUAUGGUCGCACACGCUACCUUGCACAGGGCAGCGUCGAUCUUGACAAUUGGUUCAAGAGCGACACAGGAAUUUGCUUUCCCGAUCAGACUAGACCCGAGCCACCACCGAACAGGUACGAUGCGGAUCCAGCAGAGAUGUACUCUUUUCGUUUCCAGUGGCUUCCGUGUGACGUUGGCUUUAAAGGCGAUGCUGGUACCGAUGUAGUGAUUCGCUCCUACAUCAACAAUCUAGAGCCUACCAAGAAUCGUCGGCUCUAUGCACUGAUCGAACAGGCGAUAUCUCUGUCGAUCGAACCUUGGAAUCAGGUGCUCGUUCGCGCCACUACGAACCAGGCUCCUCUACGCAUCCAAUGCGAAGGUGGAGCGGACUGGCAACCUGCAGAGCCUCCGUCUUGGAUCGAAGAAAUUCCGUACGACACCAAUGACGAAGAUCUCGCCCCUGAGCUCGUCGCCCGACUGAACGAAUUCUUUGGCGAGCCCGACAAUCCAGAGUUGGUCGAGAUCCAAGGUCCAUUCUCGUUGCAAGAUUCUUUGCACGAAACGUCGAGCCUCGUCUGGUCCGCACACGAAAAAUUCAACCGCACGCGACGUAUCUUGCAUCCUGAGCCCGGAGACGAGGACGACUACCGUCACUGGCGCUCUCGAGUGGAUGGCUCUGAGCAGCUCGACUUGGGCGAGCGCUGGAACGCUCCCGAUCCGGAGCGCCACGUCCGGCUCGAACACGAGUAUCGCGAUCGUGGUCUGCAAGUGAUCGUCAAGCUGGCCAGCAUCGAACUUACACCAGAGCAACCCAAGUAUGCAGGCGGAAGCUGGCACGUGGAAGGCAUGAUGAAUGAGCACAUUGUUGCCACGAGCAUUCUCUACUACGACGUUGAGAAUGUGAGCGAAGCGCGCAUCUCGUUGCGUCAGAACGCCGAUCUGGACGAGGUCGACAUGCCGUACGAGCAAGAUGAUCAUGCUCCGCUCUGCGUCAUCUUUGGCACGUCGUCGCUUCGCGAAGAAAUCAAGCUCCAGGAGCUCGGCAGUAUCGCUACUCGGCGUGGACGGCUGCUUGCCUUCCCAAACACUUUGCAACACCGCGUCGAACCGUUUGAGCUGAUCGACAAGUCAAAACCGGGUCAUCGCCGCUUUCUCGUGCUUUGGCUCGUCGAUCCCAAUUAUCCGCUCCCAAGCACCUCGAUUGUCCCACCGCAGCAAGAGAGUUGGUGGCUCGAAAGGUCGGCACAAGACGUUCACCCCGCACUAAACGACAGAGCUCUCAUGACGUUCGACGAGGCCAAGGCGAUCCGCCUGCAACUCAUGGACGAACGCACACAGAGAGAACAAGCCACUGCAAACGCUACAGACACAUACAAUUUCUGUGAGCAUUGA